AGGGGAGAGAAGGGGGAUAGGCAUAACAUGAAAGAAAUAGAGGAUGGAUUUGAUCUGUUGUUGCCACACGUGGAAGUGAAAUGACUCCAGCAGAACACUGGUUGCAACGGAUUCCACCUAUUGUGAGAACGUUUUUUUUUUUUUUCAUGAUGGAUUGUCAAGAAAAUGAGUACCGGGACCAAUGGGGGCGCUGUGUCACCUGCCAACAAUGUGGCCCUGGACAGGAGCUCUCUAAGGAUUGUGGUUAUGGAGAAGGUGGAGAUGCGUACUGCAUAGCCUGCCCUCCUCGAAAGUAUAAAAGCACUUGGGGACAUCACAGAUGUCAGACAUGCAUCACUUGUGCUGUCAUCAAUCGGGUCCAGAAGGCCAACUGCACAAAUACCUCUAAUGCUAUCUGUGGAGACUGUCUGCCCAGGUUCUACCGAAAGACACGCAUUGGGGGCCUGCAGGACCAAGAAUGCAUCCCGUGUACAAAGCAGACUCCUUCUUCUGAGGUUCAGUGUACCUUCCAGCUGAGCUUAGUGAAGGUAGACACACACACUCUUCCUCCUAAGGAAGCCACACUUGUCGCACUGGUAGGAAGUCUGCUAGUGGUCUUUGCCCUGGCCUUCCUUGGACUCUUCUUCCUUUAUUGCAAGCAAAUAUUCAACAGACAUUGUCAGUGUGGAGGUUCAUUGCAAUAUGAGGCUGAAAAGGCAGUGCAGGAGGAUUCUCUUUUAACCACACCACCUGGCCAGGAGACCAGUCCUGAGUUUCCAGCAAAUGGGAGCAUCUUUGAGAUCAAGCCCCUUAACUCCAUCCUGGAUGAUGACUGCAGCUCCACUCGCGGCUUCCCCACUCAGGAAUCCUUCACCAUGGCUUCCUGCGCCUCAGAGAGCCAUUCUCAGUGGGUCCAUACCCCCAUUGAAUGUACAGAGCUGGACCUGCAAAAGUUUUCCAGCUCUGUCCCCUGUCCUGGAGCUGAAACCUUGAGAGAGAACACAGCUGAACACUCAGGAGACAGGCUGGACCUCUAUGUACCUUUUGAAGUUCCCAGCCUUUAACUCUACCAAGGUGAGCUGAAAAGAUAGGGCUAAAGGUCCAGAAGGUGUGGGCCACCCUCAGGAAAUUUCCAAACCGGGUUCUAUUGUUCCAUAAGGUUUGGAUGGAAGAACAUCAGGAAACCAGGUUGGAGAGGCAACAGUUGGGGCACUAAAUUUUGAGCUAAGUUUACAUUGGACUUCUAGGACAAUUGUCUGCAAACCAGGCAGGAUGACAUGAGGCCAAUUUCAGAUCCCACUAUCAACUAAUCAUAUUCAGGUUUCUCCUUUUGUGUGUACAAGUAGAACAACGCUGUAAAGGUACGCAGCUCCAUAUUCUGAGAAAUAUCAAUUCCUGAAUAGCUUUCUGAACUUGUGCAAAUCAUUUUACUUCUUUCAGACACAGAGCCUUCCACUCAUACGUUUUCUUGAGGAUUGAUUGAAAGCAUAUGCAAGUGCCCUUUAUAGUGUCUGCAUGUUAGGCCCUUUUUUUUCUUUACCCGUGCAUAGUCACAAAUUAGAAAUCCCUUUUAUAUUGGUUACAUUUGAUUCUGAACUUCAUAAUGUCAUCCCUCUGUUGUAGACAAAUAAGAAAUACGUUAACCUCAUUUUAAGAAACAGGAAUCAAGCAACAGAGAUGAAACGAGAUUUGCUUAAAAUCACAGAACAACCCAAUCUCAGAAAUAAACGAGAACCCAGGAUUAGCAGUCCCAUUAUAGAACUCGUUCAACUUCAUCACUGAAUAUGAAUAUAUAUGUAUAUAUCUCAAUAUAUGUCUCAUAACAUAUAUGUGUGCAUGUGUAUAUGUAUACAUACACACACACAAAAAAAUAUAUAUACACACACACAUAUAUGGUGAAAUAUCUUUGAGGAAAGAAGAACACAUAUAGAGCCUGAAAUAGUUAUAAAUUUUUGAAAAUUUUUGGGACUUUGAAUUUUUCAAUUUUGGAUUAAGGAUUCUCAAUCUAUUUCUUCAUUUAAAAACUAUGCAGUUCUUUUUCAUAUGUUGCAGUGAACAGGAGCUCACAACUGUAAAAAGAAUAAUUGUAUCUCAUACUCAUUUAUGGGUUCUGGUUUUAUUCUGAUUCCUCUGCCUUCUGAGAAAACUGAAGACAACAUCUGUCUGGAAAAUACCACUUUUUUGUGUGGUUUUUUGUUUGUUUGUUUGUUUGUUUUUAAUCAUGGUGCUUAUAACGUAAUCCAAUUUUUUUUAAAAACUUACUAGUUUGUAAUACUAUAGAUUUGUCAUCUCUGUAGCUGGAUGAGGUAUUUCUGCUAUUACAUGUUAAUCUUUACUGGUCUAUCCAUUAACCUUUAGAGAAAAGGAAGAGGAGGGUGAUGAGUUUGUAUCGUAGGAUUCUAACUUGUCUGCUCUCUUUCUAGGUCUCUUUCACUCUUGACAAGCUUGCCAGUGCUUGUUGCUGGGCUUUCCUGCUCCUCUUUUAUUCAACAACAGUAGCAGGAGCCUGGGAUGUAGGUCCUGCAAUAACCAGCACUCGAAAUGGGGUAUACAGAGCCCCACACUACGAGAGGAUUGAUUCCCCAAUGACUGACUUUGAACACUUUUUGUUUUCUUAUUCUAGUCUGGGGAUCCAGAUUCCGUAGCCAUGGGACUACUGGGUCUGUUCUUUCUCUUUAAUUAAUUAUAGAAAUGAGGGGGAUAACAAUGAGUGAGGUAGAGUUCUCCUGCCUGUAUGUUUCCUGCCUAUAUUUUUUAACAAGUUGAUUUACAAAAAGGAGUACACAGAACUAUGUUGGCAUUUACCUACCACCUUGAAGAGAAAAAUGAAAUACUUCCCCCUUUAGCCUUCUGUUUUGACUCGCUCCCUCCCCUAUACACACACACACACACACACACACACACACACACACACACACACACACACACACACAAACAUGUACACAGAAUGAGGGGAUAAUGAGGAAGAUAUCAAGGACAGGCCUGAAGCCUGGGUUUUACAAAUCAUAUCCUAGACUUCUACAGCUAUGACACUGUCCAGCCAGUAUAUUUCUUAGACCUUUCAUUCUCAGAGACAGGCUAUCAAUACUCUCUAGUGGGGAUACAAAUUAGUGUCUCCUAGAUUUUUUUUAGAUUGUUGUUUCCUUAACUUCUUUUCAUUUUUAUUACUACAAUAUUCUUACCUUUUCCCCCUUCAUAGUCAGGUGCUGACUGUGAAGUUUCUCAGGUGCAGGAGUAGUGCCCUGUGGAACUGCGGGGACCAUUUGGUGCUUUCUUGGCUUAGAGAAUAGUCUUUCUAUUUCUCUUAAGCCUAAACCUCCAGUUUUACAUGCUUCUCAGCAUGAAUUGAAACCUUUUUCUUCCUUUUUUUUCUUUUUGUGGAACAUGUCAGAUGUGAUCCUAAGGACUUAGAUGUGACUAUCCCGUAUUGGCUUUACUUAUGCCUGCAUGUUCAAAGUGAGCCACUAGGAUUGAUGCCUAGUCCCUCAUCGUGGUUCAGGUUUCAAUGGGAAAAAGUCCUUAAAUGAGUAAAGCAACUGGAUCUUGGGAGUUAUAUAUACUAUCCUGAAUGCUGGUGUGAUUUAGCUUAUUAAAAAACAAAUUGAAGACACACACAGUUAUUGUGGGUCAAAGAUGUAAAGAUGCACUAAAGCUGUCCGUGCUGCACUUUGCAUUAUUCACAUUAUAGAUGUCCUCUCCAUGACUCAGUGCACAAACUUUGAUAUAGGUAGUGCAGGGGUUGCUCAGUGCAGUAGGAGUGCAUAGAAAGGCUUGAAUGGUUUUAGUCAUUUUUCCUCAUUUGACACUGCCGACUCUUAAAAGGUAGAAGCGCAGGGCAUGUAUUCUUCUCAUAUCAAGGUAGCAGAAGCAGAAGUAAUGGAAUUUGGAAGCAAACUGCCCUUGCAUUGUAAGACUCUCAGAAACACAAGGGAUAGGGAUUUAGAUAGUGUUGGAGUACUUGCAUUUAGCAUGAUCAAGGUAUUAUAUCCAUCCUAGCAUUGCAAAAUAAAGAGAUGGGUGGAUGAGGGGGGAAAAGAAAGGAAGUAAAGAAGAAAAUAAAACAUUUCCACCACCAAGAAAUGUACCAGAUUCCAUAAUUGGCUAAGUGCUACUGAGGCUGUCGUGGAGUUUUCCAUUGGAAAAUAUCACACGAGGUCAUCUUAUAUUAAAAGGUUUUUCUUGCCUUUAGCUCUUAAACACUGCUUAUAAUAAUUUUCUGUUUGUUUCUUGAUUCCCUAGACUCAUAGCACUCUGUGAGUUUGCUGGAAGGUCUGAUGGAUGUUCGAAGAGCAGUGGUUCUGAGUUGUAGUGUAACACAUAAACAAUUUUAAUAUGGGUCUCCCGGGCCUUAUCUAAUAUUUGACGUUCUUUUUCUCUACCCCCAGCAGAAAGCCAGACAAAAGUUUGAUCUUUCAGGACCCUACAGUACAUUUUUGAGCCAAUUUUUCCUUUCCUAUGUCUGGGCUCCCCAAGCAACCGUGCACCACGCCUUCAAAGUUACCCACAGCAUUUUUCAAGUUAGCUAAGUGAGGAUGUGAAGGGUCCCCCAAGGUAUGGGUAUUUCUUUGACAUGUCGGUUCGAUGCAUACUUUAUUGUCCAUUUGGUUCUUUUUGAAAAUUCAUUUUGCCUUUAGCUCUUACCUGUACAUCUCAAGAGCAAAGAAAACAGGAAUCUCCUUAGAGAUUCUAUUAUUCUUUUUUAUCUCCAAGUCUUUAUGAAGCUUCUCAGCCAGUUUCUAUCCUAUAAGUGAUUGGUGGGUUAUGUAAAAUGUGGACUUCAUCACGGGGACUUAUCCUUAACAGAGAGUAUUCUCCACAAGAUUCUGUUAAGUGUAUCUUUAAUAACGGCUCAUCCACAAACACUGAUUAAGGGCCUUAAGGUCAAACCACUGAUAAGUAUUAAAAGCACAAAAUUACAAAAUGCUAAAAGGUCCCAUUGUACUUGGCAGGGGAUUAGAAGCAAUUGAAUCACAAGUCUGUACCAGGCAACCUGGUCUCAUGCAAGCAUUAGCAAAUAUGUGUGAGCCAAGGUUUAGACCUUGGUCUUUGGGCUCUCUGUACUUUUUUCUGGGACAGUUUAUGCUUAUCUCACCAACUUUAAUUAGUCAUAUCUAUACUUGGGUGGAGAAGAACUAGCACCCAAUCUGAGGUGGAUUCAGCUUAAGUAGGUUCCAGCUGCAGAAAGGUCACCGUGUGCCUGGCACUGCUUCAAACUCCAGUACACCACCGCUUCUCAGUGAAAAGGACUGUGAUGAUACGACAGCAAAAACAAAGUGAUUAAAUGACCUAGGCACCCUGCUUCACUGUGCCUAUACAUAGCAAGGUCAUUCUACAUUCAUACUGAGAAUGGCUUUGCUUCCAGUUUUCUUGAAUUGACCAGUUUGAGUUGGUAAUUCAAGGAAGGUGAACUUUUGCUUUGCUUUGCUUUCUAUGGCAUCUUGGGAAUAAUCAAAGUGAAGACUGGUUUUCUUUUUUCUUUGUAAUUGGUAUGUGGCCUUGGCUUACUUUACAUUUGCAUAUUUGCUCAAGUAGUGUCCUUUUAAAGUGGAAUCACUUUGGGUACUAUGCUUUUAUGUGUCUUCUAUUUGAAGAUAUCUUGAGAAAUAUAUAUAACAUAACUCUGAGCCUGGACAGUAGUUGUGUUUUACAUAUUUGAACUAGCAACAGAAAAUAUUUUGUUUACAAGGGAGAGGUAGGUAUUUAGUGGAGGUGAGUCAGGCUUCAGGGUUCACUUUUUCCUCCACUUAAAAAUGUCACUGGAAUUUUGAAAGGUGGUAUGUAGUAUGAGAGAUCAACUUUCUUCCCUAAGGUCGUUAAUAUUAGAUUAAGUAAAAAUGUCAACACUACACCACUUUUACCAACACAUAGUCCUGGCACACUGAGAUGUCACCCUCAUUCCCCUCAUUCAAUUUAUUGCCAAGGUCUUUGAUGUUUUUUGUUUAAUGGAGGCAGGUUUUAAUUAUUGUUUUCCUUAAAAUGAGCUAUUUAUAGAGAUUUUGUUAAAUUUUGAGCCAUAUGCAUGAGUGGAUCCUGACAAGUUGUGUUUGGUUUAUGAUAAUCUGCAAACAAUUCAUAUUAAUCAAUAAACAGAAGUACAUCCAGAUGCUUUGUUUAUUCCUCUGCUUUCAGAGAACUGGUGUGACUCAUUCAGUUGUUUUGUAUGUCUGCUUAGUCAGUACAGAAAGAAAUGUGUUUCUAAUCAUUGGGUGUAGCACCAGGGCUAUGGCAAUUCCGACUAGUCACCCAGGAGAUCUGAGUUAUAGUCUACAUUCUCCUGCUUUCAAUUGUUUAUGACAUUUAGUAUCUUGUCUGGUUACAGACCCACCAGACAUUUUUGUAUUCUGAAUGUAUAAUCCUUUUCUUUUUCUGUUGUUUUGUUUUGUUUUGAGACAAGGUUUCUCUGUGUGAUACAGCCUUAGGUGUCCUGGUCUCGAUUUGUAGACCAUGCUGGCUGCAAACUCACAGAGAUCUGUCUGACUCUGACUCCCAAGUGCUGGGAUUAAAGGUGUUGUGCUUCCACUCCCAGGCCUAAAUUUACAAUUCUUAAGGAGGGUUGUAAAGUCUUCAGACUGUGUGCAUAUGUUUAAAGGUAUGAACCAAUCUCUUGUAAUUUAUAUGUGCACAUUUCCAUUUGACCAUACUAUUUUAAGAAUAGAUGCACACAUGCAUGCAUGCCUGCACACAUACACACAUACAUAUACAAACUAGAGAAUCUGUAGGAUUGCCUCUUAAGAACAUUGCUUUGCCAUUGUUUGAUCUGUAUUUUUGUUUAUGGUGUUAUUAGAUUCAAGGGACAACAUUUGAUUUGAAAUGUUCUUCACUACUAUAAUUUUAUUUAAAACCAGGCAAAUUAAAUUUCUUCCUAUCUCAAAUGUUGGCUAAUCGUAAUAGACAUACAUACUGACGAGGAUGUGAAAAAAAAAGAAAAUUCAUACAGUGUCGGUGGGAUUGUAAAAUGGCAUGACCUUUUUGAAACAGUCUGGCAGUUCUUAUAAAAUUUAAAGCUUCAGUUGACAUAUGGUUCAAUAAUUCUACUCAUCAAUAUAUGAUGAAGAUAAUUAAAAACAUGAACAUUUAUACUCUUUAAAACAGUGUUUAUAAUAAUCAGUUGUUUACAGUUGCAACCCAUUGUCAUCAACUGAUUGAUGAAUAAACCAGUUGUAAUAAAACAUAAGAUAUUAAACAAUUAAAAUAAUUGAAGUUAUGAUACUUGAUAUGUCAGAGUUCAAGCUCAAAUCAUACUAAGUUGUCGAAUCCAGGUACCUGAAAGCACAUCUUGUAUAGUUGCAGUCAUAGUAAAUGUUUACAGAAUGUAAGCAAAUAGUGACAGAAUGUAAAUUAGUGGUCUCUUGGUACUGAGUACAAGAGAAACAACUAAUGUUAGCAGUCAUAUGUGAUCUUGUUUAGAAGAAAAACUGUUAUGAUGAUAGUUGCAAUUCUCAGUAAAUUUAUUAAAAACUGCUGACAGGCAUACUGGAAAUGAAUGAAUUUUAUUAUAUAAAAAUAUUCAAUAAAGCUGUUAAAAUAUAUUUCUUGA